AUGUUAGCGUAUGGCGUAGCCCCCGAUGUCGUGGAUGAAUAUCUACGUAUCGGCCAAACAACCUCAAGGAAUGCAUUGCAACAUUUUUGUCAGGGGGUUAUUUCACAAUUUGAAAGUGAAUAUCUACGUAAACCUACAGAUGAAGAUUUAAGGAGAAUCCUUCAUCAAAAUGAAUUGCGUGGGUUUCCAGGCAUGAUUGGUAGUAUAGACUGCAUGCAUUGGGAGUGGAAGAAUUGUCCUACGGCUUGGAAAGCACAAUAUGCUGGUCGUAGCAAGACUGCAACCCUCAUUCUUGAAGCCGUUGCUGAUCAGGAUUUAUGGAUUUGGCAUGCGUUCUUUGGAAUGCCUGGCUCAUAUGGGAUUUAUCCGAAAUGGCCAACUUUUAUACAAGGUAUUACACAUCCUCAAGUUCAAAAAGACAAGUUGUUUGCUGAUCAACAAGCAGCAGUUCGGAAAGACGUUGAACGGGCUUUCGGAGUUUUACAAGCUAGGUUUGCUAUACUACGACAACCUGCACUGGCCUUCGACGAAGAUAUUCUUUGUGACAUUAUGAAAGUCUGUAUAAUAAUGCACAACAUGAUCGUCGAGGAUGAACGACACAACUACACACGGGAAGAUGUUUUGAGACGAUACUACGAAGAAGAUCGACCACAACGUCCAGCAGCGCGGGCGGGACCGAGCACAAGUGCCACGGUGAAUAACAACGAGCCAUUUGAAUUCAACGUCGGGCGGCCGCCCAACAUAGAUUUCAACGCGUAUUUUCAGAGGAGGAUUGCCCUUCGUGAUAGAGAAAUUCAUUCGUCUCUUAAACAAGAUUUAGUAGAACACAUAUGGCAGAACUUUCGUCAUAAUACGACUGAAUAA